AAGGUCACACCGCUGUGCAGCGUGGGCGGUGCAGAGUCAGGGAUCCCGCCGGUGUGUUGGGGCUCAGCAGCACUCUGAAGCCAGCGGUCAUGAUGUUUUGGGGUCUCCUAUACUUCCUCCUUUUCACUGUGGCCAGCGGGACCCCCGUCGGGGACCAGGAUGAGGAUAUCCAAGUGCAGGAGAAUUUUGAGGCUGAGCGGAUGUAUGGGAAGUGGUACGACGUCGCUAUUGGCACAACCUGCACAUGGAUGAAGAACUACAAGGAGAAGUUCAGCAUGGGCACACUGGUGCUGGGCCCCGGCUCCAGCGCCAACCAGAUCAGCACCACCAGCACCAGGCUGCGGCAAGGUGACUGCACAAAGACCUCAGGAGAGUACCAGACAACCAGCACCCCUGGCAAAUACACCUACUAUAACCCCAAAUGGGAUGUGUCUAUCCGCUCCUACGUGCUCCGCACCAACUAUGAAGAAUAUGCUGUCAUUCUGAUGAAGAAGAAAAGUAGUUUUGGCCCAAGCACCACUCUGAAGCUGUAUGGGAGGAGUCCGGAGCUGCGGGAGGAGCUCAUUGAGGCUUUCCAGCAGCUGGCUCUGGAGGUGGGCAUCCCUGCAGACUCCAUCUUCAUCCUGGCCAACAGAGGUGAAUGCAUUCCUCAGGAGACUGCAACUUCCCCCCAG